AUGGAUAAUAACAUCAAUAUUGAUGACGAUUUCAAUAUAGAUGUAGAUUACAUAAAGAAACUAUCGGAGAAAUACAAACAUGUGGAUCAUCCACUUUUUAUGGAUGAGCUUCCAAAAAAUUUAGAGGAAAAUGAAGACUUAGAAGCUUUAUAUAAAAUUAUAACUAGUGAGGAUAAUCCAUUGAUCUUAGCUCAGGAUUAUAAAGAAGUGGGUAAUGAUUAUUUCAAGGAUGGUAUAAAAUAUUAUGAUGACGCUGUUAUAAGUUAUAACAAAGGAAUUGAUAUAUUAAAUAAUUAUCUCAAAUCACUUGAUGUACAAAAUAAGAAUAAUAAUAGGAGUAAUAAUAACAAAAGUAAUAACAAUAAUAAUAAUAAUAAAAACAACAACAAUAAUAAUAAUAAAAACAACAACAGCAAUAAUAAUAAUAACAAUUGUGAUGUUAUUUGUACAAAUCUUUUUCAUAGUAACAAUAUAAAUAAUAAAACAAAGGAUGAUGUUUUUAAACAAGAUGUAAAAGAGAUCAACAACACAGAAUCAACUGGAAAUAUUAAAAAUAACGAUAUUCUUAAGAAUGAUAAAAAUAAGAACAUAAAAAUAGAUAUUAAUGAUGUAAAAAUUUUACUUUCUGAUUUAUAUUGUAAUAGAGCUAUCAUACAUUAUAAAAAAAAAAGAUACAUAAAAUGUUUAGAUGACUGUAAGAAUUCAUUUUCCUUUAAUAAUAAAAAAUAUAAAAGUCUUUAUUUUGGCAUCUUAUCUUGUAAUAAUAUGGAAAUGUAUCAUGAUGCAUGUAAAUAUAUAAACAAAUUUGACGAACUAUUAAAAAAUAUUCAAGACAUAGAAUCUUAUAUUAAUAUACAAGAAUAUGAAAAAUUAAAAAAAGAUAUAUUUGAAAAGUAUGAAGAUUAUUUAAGACGAAAAAAAAAAGCACAAGAUGAAAGAAAAAAAAUUGAAGAACAAGAAAAAAAAAAAAUUAAUCAAAUCGAAAAUAUUCUGAAAAAAAGAAAUAUACAAACUCUACCAAACGUAUAUGAUAACAAUAAUAAUAUUAUACCAGUAUUGUACCUUGAUGAAAAUAUGUAUAUACAUUUUACAGUAUUUUUAAUUUAUUAUGAAUUUAAUAUUAUCGAAACUAUAUUAGACUUUGCAGAAAGUCAAUGUAUUAUGGAUUAUUAUGAUAUCAUAAAGAAAAGAAGAGAUAACCAAAUAUUAUAUUGUUAUAUUGAAUUUCCAAAUGAUACAUUCUAUAUGAUAAAUAAUUAUUUCUAUAUGUGUGAUAUAAUGAAUAAAAUAAAAAAGUUUACUCAUAUACUUUCAAUACAUAUUAUCGAAAAUGAUGUAGCAAAUAUCAAUUUUAAGAUAAAUAAAAAUAUUACAUAUCUGUAA